GUGGGAUGGCGACUAACUGGACGAUGGAUAGCCGGAAAUGCCGCGUGCAAAAUCGUCCAAUUCCUGCGGGCUUUGGGUCCCUAUCUUAGCAGUAAUGUAUUAGUGUGCAUCUCCUUGGAUCGAUACUUUGCAGUUAUGUACCCCCUUCGGGUCAAUAUUGCCAGGCAAAGGGGCAAAGUCAUGCUGCUGGCUGCUUGGGGUGCUUCGCUUCUAUAUUGUGUGCCUCAGUGUUUUGUAUUCCAUGUGAGAGCACAUCCCAAGAAUCCAGAUUUCAAGCAGUGCGUGGCGUUCGGUUCAUUUCCGAACGAAGUCAUGGAACUGGUGUAUAACAUUUCCUGCAUUCUAUUUCUCUACUUCAUUCCACUUUUCGUCAUCAUCGUCGCUUACAGCUGCAUUCUGGCAGAAAUUUCCAGAACUUCCAGGUCGCACAACAACAACAGUAAGGAAGUGAAUCAGCCGAAUGGCAAACUGAGACUGCGAAGAUCCGAUACGAAAAACAUCGAAAGGGCGCGCAUCAGAACCCUGAGGAUGACCGUCACCAUAGUGGUCAUCUACAUAUUCUGUUGCACCCCGUAUACCAUGAUGACUUUAUGGUACAUGUUCGAUAGGGCAACGGCUGAAAAAAGUCUUCCGGACUUUGUCCAAGAUUUCUUCUUCCUAAUGGUGGUUUCGAAUAGUUGCAUGAACCCCAUCGUCUAUGGCAGUUUUGUCAUGGACUUGAAGAAAUUCUCUUGCCAGUGCACUGAUUGUGGCGAGAAGACGUCGACCGACUCUCUGAUUCCUC